UCAGUUUGAACGCGACGAGUAAUAAAACAACUUAUUUUGCGGAUAUUGUGGUGUUUUAUAGCGGAAAUACGAACGCACACGAAUUUAAUAUUGAAAAUAUUUUAGAAGAUAAUCGUGAAGUGAAAAUGUUAAUUGAUAUUUGCAGUGCGAGAAGCAGCAAAAUAAUUCAAGUGCAACAAAAUUAAAAUACACUUGCUUUGUAUUUAGCAGAUUGAGAAAGUUGUUAUACAUAUGUACGUUGUGUGUUGCAUUGGUAGCAGAAACCGGUGAAAAUUCAAAGGUGCAAAAAAAAUUUCAGUGAAUGCGAAAAUAAUGUGAAAAUUUAUGUGAAAAGAGAUAGUUCUAAAAACACGAGAGGAAGAAAUAAGUUAUAACCCAUAAAUAAGAAAAUAUAAUAAAGUUUAUCUGCAACUAAUUCUUGAGUGGAUUUGGAUAAUUAAUUGAUUGAUCAAAGAUUCAUCACUCUUCUCAAAUGACUUCGGUUAGCCGUAAUUGAAUUUAUUUUUCAAGCUGUCAGUAGGGAGCAUUACCUGCUUUGAACGUGCAACUUGACACAGCCGCAUAGACAUAAAGCCAACCGUUGAUGUCGACUACAAAGGAAACGCUGUCAACUCGAGUUAACUCAGUAACACAAUCGUACAUAGAGGACGAAGGUGAGGCAUCACGAAGCAUCACCGACUCGGCCGCCAGCCAGUUGCAGUUGCAAUUGCAAUUAUUAUUAUUCUUUUCAACUGUGCAACAGUGAUUUUAAUUGAAAACGUGCCUGGAACAGCCUCGUAGUGUAGCAAGUAGCCUGUAACUUUCCACCAAACGACUGUCUCCGCCUACGACGCCAACAACAGCACACAUUGCUCUUCCUUGCGGCGGCAAAAUGACUGUAAAGCUGACGAAUUUUUUCAGUAGCGCUGCUUCCAUGCCAACGACAACGACGCCGCCCUCACCGCCCAUGGUACCCACCGCUAUCGGUGGCAGUUACCAUCAUCAUCAACAACAACCACACUUGCAAUACCUGCAACAACAGCAACAGCAGACGCAACAACUACAACAGCAAUCAUCGCUACCCUAUAAUCCGUAUAUUGGUGGCGUUAUGGAUGACGGCGACUUGUAUGACGAUGACAACAUGUCGCUAUAUUCGAAUGCCACAGCCGCUAGUGGUAUUAUGACGCAACGCGGUCAUUCAUGCAACAAUUCACAACGUCCGCUGUUGGGCGAAAGGAAGCCGCCAAAAAUGUUGUUGAGCAACAAUGCAAUAAAGAAAAAUAAAAAGUCGACUGGCAUUAAUCAACCACAACGUCACUUGCAGCAGCAGCAGCAACAACAGCAACAGCAACAAGGAAAACCACAACAGCAGAAAUCGUAUAUCUCACCGUACGUGCAACAACAGAAACGUGAUAGCGCCAAGGGAUUGCACGGCUUUAACGAUUUCGAUAUUUUGUCACAGCAAUACACGGAGCAUUUGCGCAGCAGCCCACAUAUCGGCUACCCCUACGGCAGUCCCCCCUCGCCCACUGCUAAGUCUAAUGAUUUUGUAUUCGAUACUUUGGCAUUGCCACAGCAACAGCAACAACAACAGCAACACACUUUGUAUGACAAUCGUAUUUACAGUAGUGCUGGUACAGUUAAUCAGCAGCAGCAACAACAGCAAAAUUCAAGUCAUUAUCAACAGCAACAAAUGGCAAAUGGCUUUAAUGAUACGGACUACGCGUAUUAUGGACACAACGCCUGCAUCGGUAGUGGUAGUGGCAGUGGCAGUGGCAGUGGCAGUAGCAACAUUAGUAAUAACGGUGGUAGCAAUGCCCUUUUGACCACUACGAAUAACGCAUCGCCAACUCAUUACAUAGGGAAAUCGUCACGCUUUGAAGAUGAUUUUUGUUCUCGCCGCAAUGCAACCUUUGCUGCGCCGCAGCCGCAGCCGCAGUCACAGUCGCUGCCGUCCUCUGAGAAAACUUGGACGACUUCAGUUGUGGCUGGCAGCGACGAUGUUGGUGGCCCUUUCAUAUUUGGAGGUAUGCCGCAUGAACUAUUCCAGCACCAACACCAGCAACAACAACAACAACAACCUGACAGCAGCACUCUGCGACAGGAACAACAACAGCAAGAUUUUAGUAGUUUAACCACAGCGGUGACCAACUCGACGGACUCUGUGAUAGAUGUGGCAGACAAAUACGCGCCAUACAAUGGCCAUGUGACUAUGUCGAGCAGCGAUACCAGUUCCAGUUCACGUGAUAGUAGCAGUAAUAAAGGCGCGAAGUUGCUGCUGCGAAAGGGCAAAUCAAAGCGAAACAGCAAAGAUAAAAAGUCCGAUACGUCUGUCGUGCAGGCGAAAGUGCAACAAAAACAACACGAAACACCUUCCAUUAAAUGCGUUCUAGUUGGCGAUGGUGCUGUGGGAAAGACUAAUUUGAUUUUAUCCUAUCUUAAAAAUCGUUUUAAUACGGAGCACGUACCGACAGCAUCGGAUAUAUAUAAUGCGGAUGUAUUGGUUAACGACAGUCCUGUACACCUAACCAUCUGUGACACUGCCGGUCAGGAUACAUUGGACAAAUUGCGCCAACUGUGUUAUCCUGACAGCGAUGUGUUUCUCUUGUGCUUCUCUGUGGUAAAGCCAGAUACGUUUCAUGCUGUGAAGACGAAGUGGGCGCCGAAAUUCUCAAAGACAAAAGCCGCAUUGAUACUCGUCGGAACACAGGCGGACUUACGCAACGAUGCGCAAGUGUUGAAUAAAUUGCAGCUUAAUGGCGAAAAACCAAUUUCAUAUGCUGAUGCCUGGGAUUUGGCAGCGACUGUUGGCGCAAAAUACAUCGAGACUUCCUCAGCAACACAGGACAAAGUCAAGGAGGUUUUCGACACUGCAAUUUGGGAGGGGCUCGCGCCAACAACCUUGCCAUCCACACCAAAGCCACCGCUAUGGAAGAAGCUAUUGUGCCUGGCGUAAGAAAGCAAGACAACAAUGCCGCACCUACACAAUGACAGAGAUAAUAACAACAAAAAAUAUGAACAAGUCAAGGCAAAAGAAAGCCGCACACGAACGAAGCAAUGCGCAUUAGGACGAGGAAAUGAAAAACUAAAUUUGUUGUUGGUCAAAUAGUUUAACGCAAUGACGGCGAUGUGAAGUAUAAAUUCAAGCAAAUGUUUUUGAGCUCAUUCACUUCGUAGUUCAUUGCAAUGCAAUUUGACCUUAAAGUUUAAACUGAACGAAGCAGAGAGAAAAGGGUAGUAGUAGUUUUUCUGUAUCAAAUAUUUUUCUCUAAAAAUUGUUAAAAUCUAAAACUAAAAGUACUUUGUGUGGUAUGAAAAUUGACUUACACUUGUUCAUUUGUUUUCUAACGAUUCCCAGUAGAACUUCAGAUCAUCUUUCGGGUGUUCACAUAAUUUUCCCUUGCGAGGAUGCGAUUAUUUCCACAUCUCUGAUAUUUCAGUGUAUACAAGUUUUGUUUGACUACUCCCUUUACUCACAUUGGUUGUCCUAUAAGGGCAAAAAUAUCAUUUUAACCCUUCAACGAGCAAUGAGGAGAGCUCCCAGAAGAAUCAUGCCAAAGCCUUCUAAACGAAUAAGAAGUGACUAUUCCUACAAAACUCUUUACUUAGUAAUAUGAGACAACAGAUUACUGAUCUUGUUUUUAAUUUAUCUAUUGAUUUAAUGUAUGAUUAAAAUUUUUUCUUCAAAACGAGGCUUUCGCAUAACUCUUACAUUUUUUCAACUUGAAGUUCAAAGUGUUAUUCAAAAUUACUUGACAGCUUUGGGAUUGGUAGAACAAGUUGGGAUACCAAAAUAAAGGUAGAAAAAUAGAAGAUUCUAUACACUCUUCGAUGUCGCUCAGCCCACGGUGAAAAGUCGGAGCAGGCGGCCAUAAAAAAUGUUUACGGUUUAUAGAACCAAUGCAAUGAAUCGAAUGCAACAGAAAGGUAGUGGCUCCAGAGAUUUAGAUUUUGCUAUAUUGACGUUGAAGAUCAAACACGCACUGGUAGGAAAAUCGUCGAAACGGUUGAUACAGUUUUGAAAAUCAUGGGGAUGAAGCUGCAUGUGCGCACUUAAGUCAAUCUGAAAAUUAGGCAGAAGACCAUUUUUGAAACAGAUGAUAAUUGGCGCUGAAAAUGUAUCACAUACAACAACAUCAACAGUCGAAAAAUAUUGUGACCAAAUGGUAAUGAGUUGACCCAAAUGAUGGCCAAACUCGAGCUAUCUCCCAAAAAGGUUUUUCUUUAUAUUUGGUGUGUUUAGAGUGGAAUUGUUUAUAAUGAGACGAUCUCAUUUUGGCUCUCUACGCUCAUCAACUGACUAAAUUGAGGCAGUCGAUGAACCAGAAGUGGUCAAAACUUGUGAAUAAGAAGGGUUUUGUGUUCUAUAAGGAAAAUGCCCGGCCGCAAACAUCUUCAACGAAGAGCCAACGGGAGGUGCUAUCGCAUCUGCUGUGUAGUUCAGAGCUGUCAUCAAUCGAUUUAUCACCUUAUCAAGCAUUUAAAAAAAUUUCUAGAGAGAAACUCGCGAAAGUGAGCUGACAAAUUGGUUGACAAUUUAUUCAAUUUCAUUUCAUUUUCAAUUUCAAUUACGAAGCAGCCUUCAAACUGGACAAAAUAAUAGAAGUGAAGCUCAACAAUAUUUAGUACCAAUAUUUGCUACCAAAGAGAAAUUUGUUCAGCAAUUUUUUAGGGGUGCUAUGCGUGGUUACAUUUUAAUAAAUUAUACCCUCAGGGAAAAGGGUAGAAUUGAAAAACGCACAGCAUAUAACGCAGAAUAAAUAAAAAUACGAACUCUUUCUGAAAGAGAGGAAUUUGCUUAUUCUACCUUUCGUCUCCUUUGCUGUUCUAGAACGAGUAAAGAUGGUGUAUAAAAAAGAACAAAUCUCACUUAUUGCUCUGAAAUUUUAUCAAAAUGGGUGCUUUUCUAUCCUUGUUUUGGGUUACCUUCCGUUUUUUUAUGCUCUCUCUUUCUUUCUUUCUUUCUGUUCGCUAACAGGUGAAAGGGCGUAAAAAAUCGACAAAUCUCGUUUAUUGCUCGGAAAUUAUGCCAAAAGGGGUACUUCUAAGAGAGAUUUCAUUUCUAGCUCUACUCUAUGUCAAAACUAACUAAGGGUCCUCAUAUAUGAAAAUAUUUUUAUAUUGAUUCUUCUUCUCAAUGCUUGUAUACACGCAUAUCUGCUAAAGACUUAAUUUUGUUUGAAAUUUUUAUAAUUAAAAUGCGAAAAAAAUAUAAAUAUAAUAAAAUUCUGCUUAGUUAUUAAUAAAAAAUGUAUUAAGUUAUUAUUGUAAGUAAAUUUAGAGCAAAAGUCCAGCUUUAUAGACUGAUUAACAAGCAAAGGUAUACAUUUAAGCACAGAAGAUGAUGUUUGUAACUGUUAAAUUCUUAAGAGAAAUAUUUCUAAUUCGUACUUUUUGGGUAUUUUUUUUAUUUUUAUUAUAAGUAUUACCUGUUUGUCAUUGCAUAAUGCAUAUAAAUCGUUUGGUUGAUAUUUAAAUAAAAUAUUUAAAAAUCUCUAUUCAUGUUAAAACUUUAUUAAGGUACUGCCUGAUAUUGGGCUCGAAAAUUCAAAACAAAAAAAAAAAAAAACAAGUUCUCAUUGUUUUAUUAUACUUUUUUAUUAUAAUUUUCUUUUUGUUGUAAUAUAAGGACAAUUUCUGCCCAAUGGUAGCAUUUGUUUCUACAUAAACUUAGGCGAAAUAUGUUUGUUACUCAUACACAUUUGGAGUUUAUUGUUAAGUACAAUAUCAUAUUUUAUAAAUAAUUUAAGACAAUAUCAAAAUAUAAAAAAUUAUUAAAAGAAUCUACAUUCCAUCCAUUAUAAACGUAUAAGAAUUUGUAUUUACAACUAAAUUUUAUUAAGUUUUCUCCAUACGCUGUACAUACACGCACAUUUAUAUGAGUAAUUGAGCAUAACUGUCUGUGUGUAGCCAGACCCAUUUGAAAAUUUUGAAUAAAGUAAUUUUGUAAAUGUAUGUUUAUCAUAUGCAUAUUAUUAA